AUGGCAUCCUUUUGCAGCCGCGCCCUGGCUUCUGUUCUUGCAUUGGCUGGGCCGUCGCUGGCUGACUUGACUUUCCGCUCCUCCGAUAUCGUCGCUCCUAUUCUCAACAUCAAUUCACUUAAUCGAAAUGGCCUUGAUGAGGCGCCGUACAUCUUUCUAGGGACAGUUUACGGCCAGAUGAGGGCGGGUCCCAUGAUCCUCGAUGCCAGAGACUUUAGUCUUGUGUAUGCUGAUCAGCAUUACGACAAUUCUUACUGCUCCAAUGUUCAAAUGUUCAAUGGGAGCAGGCAUCUGGUCUUUUGGGAGGGCGUUCACAACCGAGGCCACGCGAAUGGCUACGGUCUUGUCUACGAUGAAAAUUACAACCUCGUCUUCAACGUCACUGCGCAGGGUCUUGGUGGUUCUCUCGCCGACAUGCACGAAGUCCAACUUACAUCCAGCGGCACCAUCAUCUUUUCUGCCUAUUGGACCAUCCCUUACGACUGCACCAUCAUGGGAGGACAGGCCGACGCUAUGCUCAUGGACAGCGGCUUCCAAGAGACGGAUGACGGCAACUAUCUCAUCUCUAGUCGUCACACUUCAACCAUUGCACUCAUCGACGGUACAAAUGGACACCCUAUCUGGAUUCUUGGAGGUCGUCGCAACCAGUUCAGGGACUUGAGUGGUGGUAGGGCGACCAACUUUGGCUGGCAGCACGAUGCCCGAUUCUACAAGAACCAGAGUCAUAUCACCAUGUUUGACAAUCAUGGAGAGCAUACCGGCUACUGUGAUGGACCCUGCAGAUCUCGCGGUUUGCAUCUGGCCAUCAACACCACCGACAUGACGGUGCGUGUGGUGCACGAGUACUAUCAUCCAUCAGGCAUCGACUCUGGAGCAAUGGGAGGCAUGCAGACACUCGAGAGUGGCAACGUGAUUGUUGGAUGGGGAUAUACUCCAAGCUUUGUCGAAUACGCACCCAACGGCACCGUCGUCAUGAGCGUCCAGCGAGGAAAGCUAGGCGAGGGAUUCCAAGCCGACAUGUUUGCGUACCGCGCCCACAAGGGCAAAUGGACGGGCCGUCCGUCGUGGCUCCCCAGCGCUGCCGUCGACGCCCCUCAUAGGACGACGGAGAAUGCCACGGUUUACCUGUCGUGGAACGGUGCCACGGAUAUUGCCUCGUGGGCCGUGACUCAUUAUCGGUACAUGGGCGCUGCGGCACUCGACAAGAACGGCGCCAUCAUGGGGUCUACGUUUGUGGUUGAUAUGCAGAAUGGUCAGCCUGUGCUCAUGCCGAGCAGCAUCGCGAGCGUGUGGCCCGAACCACUCGGCCCUACGUCGACGAAGUUCUAUCCACGGCAAUCGAAGCCUAGAGACCAUCAGCAGCAGAGUCGCGACCAACAAGAACCAACAGUUCUGCACGUCGACCCGCUGAUUCAUCAAUGA